CGAAGCUCGAAAUCAUGAAGUCCUGGCAACUCGUCGGAGUUGCUGUGCUGUGCCUGGCGGCUGCUGUAGAGCCGCGCAGCGUGGACGUGGGUCGGGUGAGGCCACGCUCUCGCCCCGUGCCCCCGAGCGGGUAUCGAACCGUCCAGUCAUCAGCGAGCCGUCCCUCUGCUCCUGCUGAGACUCCUGCUCCCCCGCCUCCUGCAGAAACCCUCCUCAAGCCCGGCUUCAAGAUUGUGACUGAACUGCCCAAGCCCAAGCCCGGCUUCUACCUCAACCGACAAUUCGGCUCCGAUGCCCGGGAGAGGAAGGCCAAGGCUCUCGCGUCCGACGGCGGGGCCGCGGGCCUCCCUCGCCCCAAGGAGGCCUUCUUCCUCAACCGCCAGUUCCAGCCGGAUUACAAGCCCAGGAGGCCCAAGGACCAGCCUGCGAAGGUGAUCGAGGAAAACGGCCGAUACUGGAAGGUCGUCGGGCUUCCGGAGCCAGACGAAUCCUUCUAUCUGAACCGUCAGUUCAGGAAUAACCCCGCGACUCCCAAGAAGGUGUCCUCCGACCCUGUCGCGAAAAAGGAAAUCUUCCUAGUGAAGGAAAGCACCGAAAGACCUCGCGUGGUCCAGACUCCAUCGCCAGGCACCGUUGAGCAGGGCGUGCGCAUCGCCUCCGGCCAGACGGCGCCGCAGCGGCCGAAGCCCAGCGCCAGUUUUUACGACGCCUUCCGUGCGCCUCGUCCCAGCACGGCGCCCCAGGCCUCCAGGCGCCCCUCACCGCCCCAGCCCGCAAAUCCCUCUGCUGUCGGCGUCGCGCCAGUGUCAGGCCUUCGGCAGGGGGGCGGGCAGCGAGGGCAGCCGCAGCAGACGCAGGCGGUGGAAGCGCCCUCUGGCACCUCGGGAUCGAGAAGGAGAACCCACCUCGUGACGGCCCAGGCGCGCCCUCAGCGGGACGAGGCGCCGUCCGCGGGCACAGGCUUCAGCUGCCACGGGAGGCCGUACGGUUACUACGCCGACGUCGAGUCCGGUUGCCGGGACUACCACAUCUGCAACCCCGUCAGCUUUGCCGGAAAGUUCGUUCAGUACUAUAAAUACAGCUUCUCGUGCGGCCCCGGGAUGCAGUGGGACUCCCAAGCGAACUCGUGCGUGCCGGCCGCCCUCGCCACCCCAUGCACCUAAGGCGCGUCUGCGGCCCGAGUCUUCCUGUGUUUGUGCUUGUCUGCGUAUUCUCUGCCUUUGUUUGUUCCUGCCAUGAAAACCUUCUGUCGAAAUUUCACAUUGGAAUACAUAAAAACAAUAUGAAAAAUUUAUUGUAAAUGUUUUAGUUCAUAUCAUUAUCAUAUGUAAGCAGGUAUCUCCCUUGGUUAUUUUGGGAUUCUAAUGUUUCAGUAUUCUCUGACAUACACCAAUGACACCCAACAUAACAUUCUGACAUCACUGCUUACAACUAACAUACAGACUCAUACACUGACCCUGUCCGAAUAAAUAGGGUGUGACUUCUCUUAGAAACCUCAAAAUCACAUCAGAAACCCCAAGACAGUAUCAGAUAUGUAAUAAAUAUUUGAUAUCUGCAGAUAGAUGCUCUAGGUCUAGGUCUCGAAAUAUCAAUAUCUGUAGAAAUGCAUAGAAAAUGUUAUUAAAUUUCUUCCUUGGGAAAUACGAAACCACGAGAUAGAGGCAUUUUUCCAUAGAUUUUACGACAUUAUGAUUUUCUGCGGGAAUUUUUAACAAAGGCAUAAAAAGUAUAAAACGAAACAAUAUUCAUGGGCAGGAAUAAAGCCUGCAAAUAAAAAAUGCAUCAUAUCGAUGUUUAAAAAUAAAUUCUAAUAGAGUA